CAGCAUAAUAACAAACCGCUGUCAAAUCUUUUUAACGCGUGUGCAAUUUUUUCCCCGACAUCUCCGGAUUCGUGGCCAGGAAAAAGGGUUAAAUAUUGUUGGAAUUUAUCAAUAAAAUAAAACAUGCCGACCAUCGGAGUUAAACGUGAUCUCUUAUUCGAGGCAUUGGGCAAAAAAUACACCGAUGAUGAGUUUCAAACAUUGUGUUUUGCCUUCGGUCUGGAACUGGAUGAAGUCACAACAGAGAAACAAAUGUUAACCCGUGAACAGGGUGAUGAUGCUGCUGGAGCUGCUGAUGCUUCAGAGGAAAUCAUUUAUCGUAUUGAUAUUCCGGCAAAUCGUUAUGAUUUGUUGUGUAUGGAGGGUUUGGUCACCGGUCUGUUGGUGUUCCAGGGCAAAAUCAAACCCCCACAAUUUAAGAUUGUGGAACCAGCUGAUGGCAAACGUCAAGUUAUGAAAAUCUUACCCGAAACAGCCGAAAUUCGUCCCUUUGCUGUGGCUGCAGUUUUGCGUAAUAUCACCCUGAAUCAGGCUGCCUAUGAUUCCUUCAUUGAUCUGCAAGAUAAAUUGCAUCAAAACAUUUGCCGCAAACGUACCCUGGUGGCCAUUGGCACUCACGAUUUGGAUACCAUUCAAGGUCCAUUUACAUAUGAGGCUCGUGCUCCCACAGAUAUCAGCUUUGUUCCCUUGAACCAAACCAAAUCCAUGAAUGGCAAUGAAUUAAUGGAAUUCUAUUCGACUCAUGCUCAACUAAAACAAUAUUUACCCAUUAUACGUGACUCACCAGUAUACCCAGUAAUUUAUGAUGCCAAUGGUGUGGUCUUGUCAUUGCCACCCAUCAUUAACGGGGAUCAUUCAAAGAUUUCAUUGAAAACCAAGAAUGUUUUCAUUGAAUGUACAGCCACAGAUUUAACCAAAGCUAAGGUUGUGUUGGACACAAUUGUCUGCAUGUUUUCAGCACAUUGCGACGAAAAAUUCAGUGUUGAACCCUGUGAUGUUAUACAGCCGGAUGGUACCACUGUAACCUAUCCCGAAUUGGAAGUACGUGAAGAAACCAUUUCUGCCAAAAAGGCUAACUUAGCCAUUGGUAUUUCGGAGAGUCCCGAAAAAAUUGCCGAUAUGUUGACACGCAUGUAUUUGGAAGCAGAAUGUCAGGCUGAUGGUGAUCAAAUUAAAGUUAAAAUUCCACCCACUCGGCAUGAUGUCAUUCAUGCCUGUGAUAUUUAUGAAGAUGUGGCAAUUGCCUUUGGCUAUAAUAACAUUACGAAGUCGCUGCCUUCAUUUAUGCACAUUGCCAAACAAUACCCAUUGAACAAAUUAACCGAACAGCUCAGGGAACAAGUGGCUCAGGCUGGUUUUACUGAAGCCCUCACCUUUACAUUGUGUUCUCGUGAUGAUAUUGCACGUAAAUUGAAUAAAUCUAUUGAUAAUAUACCAGCUGUGCAUAUUGCAAAUCCCAAGACAUUAGAAUUCCAAGUUGUAAGAACAACUCUAUUGCCAGGCCUACUAAAGACACUGGUGGCCAAUCGUAAAAUGCCACUGCCGUUGAAAUUGUUUGAAAUUAGUGAUGUUGUGGUGGCCGAUGAUGAUACUGAGGUUGGGGCACGCAACGAAAGGCGUUUGUGUGCUGUUAACUGCAAUAAAACUGCAGGUUUUGAGGUCGUACAUGGUCUCUUGGAUCGUGUUAUGCAAUUGCUUGAGGUACCAUGGAAAUCAUCGAACUCUAAAAAUACUGGAUAUUAUCUACAAGCUGCUGAGGAUCCUUCAUAUUUCCCCGGCCGUUGUGCCCACAUUAUGUUGAACAAUGUUGCCAUUGGUAAAAUUGGUGUACUUCAUCCCACAGUUUUACAAGCCUUUGAAUUGACCACACCAUGUUCGGUGGUAGAAUUCAACAUUGAACCAUUUGUGUAA